CCGCCAUCUAUUACAUGAUCAGGUCCAAAUGUAUCCACAGAUUCUGUUUGGGGUCAGUCUCAGCCACUAGGCAGCCAGUCAUUUCCUUCGAGCUCUAUUUCAUGCCCUUCGUUCUGGUCUCCUUCGCCGCCUCUGGCCUGGGCUACGCUGUUUCGACCACCUUUCCCGUGGCGCAUGGGCCUUUCGUCGUUGCCAUCAUUAUUUUUGUGGUUUGUGGCCUUUUGGGCCACCCCCUACGAGUGGAAACCAUGGCGGACGGUGCAGUCCUUGAGGUGAUCAUGGACUUCCUCUCAAUUACUCGAUGGAGUGUUGCAUACUACUGGAACAACUACUCCAAUCAUCUGGACGAGAGCAGCUUUCGAUCAGAUCCUGCAACGUGGCAGGCCAUUCAGGGUAUUGAAGCGAUUUACGAGAAGCCGACUCUGGUGAGCAAGUUCAUUUGCGGUCUGCGAUCCGAGAUUUUCUUCCUCAUCCUGAUGAGUGUAGCCUGGACCUUCAUCAGCUACCUCGCGUUGUGGCUCAGUGGUCAUCAGUGGCACAAGAAAGCUCAACCGUGGAAACAGCGAGCCUCACGGGCUUGGAGCUUCGUCGCAAGGCUCGCAAGGUUGCGCUUGCGGAGAGAGGAGCCACAGGCUUCCUCGUCCCAGGAUACAGAUUUGGUGUGAGCAGUUGGCAUGCUUGCGACGCUUGGCGACGCUUGGCGUUUUCGGCCAGGUUGAUCCAGGCCGUUGGCGUUUUUGGAAUCCAAAUCGAUUCAGCAAUUUUGAAGCUUCAGUGCUCAAGAGCCAAUUUUGGGAACAAUUUUGUGGGCUCCGAAGUCAUUACAGCGGCUUCGGCGUCUGACUAAUUACAGAACCUUCCUUUCGUUGGUGGACCACGUGAAAGCCAUUGGCUGGAGGUGGGGUCUACAUCCAGCGACAUGGACUGGG